UAGCGGUGACAUCAAUACUAGCAGUGCAGACAGUGAGCCCACGGACUCGGUUGUGCUGCUCAGAGAUGGCGUCCCUUCUGCAGCCAGAUAGAGUUGUCUAUCUGGUUCGUGGAGAGAAAAGGAUUAGAGCCCCAUUAUCUCAACUUUAUUUCUGUCGCUACUGUAGUGAGCUACGGUCUCUGGAAUGUGUGUCUCACGAGGUGGACUCCCACUAUUGUCCAAGCUGUCUGGAGAACAUGCCAUCUGCAGAGGCUAAGCUUAAAAAGAACAGGUGUGCAAAUUGUUUCGACUGCCCGAGUUGCAUGCACACACUGUCUACGCGAGCCACAAACAUCCCAGCUCCUCUGCCUGAUGAUCCUACCAAGACGGCCAUGAAAAAGGCCUACUACCUGGCCUGCGGCUUCUGCCGCUGGACCUCCAGGGACGUGGGAAUGGCUGACAAAUCAGUUGCCAGCGGUGGAUGGCAGGAGCCAGAGAACCCUCAUACUCAGCGGAUCAACAAGCUGAUCGAGUAUUACCAGCAGCUGGCCCACAGAGAGAAGCAGGAGAGAGAUAGGAAGAAGCUGGCCAGGAGACGACAGUGCAUGCCUCUGGCGUUCUCGCAACACACUAUUCAUGUGGUGGAAAAAUAUGGCCUUGGAACCAGACUGCAGAGGCAGAGGCCUGGAGCUCCCAUAUCAAGCCUGUCGGGCCUUUCCCUUAAAGAGGGUGAGGACCAGAAGGAGAUCACCAUCGAACCUGCCCAGGCCCUUGAUGAAGUGGAACCCCUGCCUGAAGACUGUUAUACCAGGCCCAUCAGCUUACCGGAGGUGACCACGCUGCGCCAGCGGCUUCUGCAGCCAGACUUCCAGCCUGCAGUGGCGUCUCAGCUCCACCCCAGACACAAACACCUUCUGAUGAAGCGCUCACUGCGCUGCAGGAAAUGUGAGCACAACUUGAGCAAGCCAGAGUUUAAUCCUACUUCAAUCAAGUUUAAAAUCCAGCUGGUGGCUGUGAGUUACAUCCCUGAAGUGAGAAUUAUGUCCAUUCCAAAUCUCCGGAACCUGAAGGAGAGCCAAGUGCUGCUGACCCUGACCAACCCGGUGGAGAACAUCACCCACGUCACGUUGGCUGCCUGUGAGGACGACGAUCCUGAUGAUGUCAAUAGCACUGCGAAGGUUAUGGUACCCAGCAAAGAACUGGUCUUGGCAGGAAAGGAUGCUGCUGCUGAGUACGAUGAACUGGCUGAACCUCAGGACUUCCAGGAUGACCCUGAUGUUGUUGCCUUCAGGAAAUCCAACAAGAUUGGUUUCUUCAUCAAAGUGAUCCCUCAGAAAGAAGAGGAUGCGGACGUCACCGUUUCAUUUAAGAUCCGACACGACUUCCGCAACCUCGCGGCUCCCGUCAGGCCGAGCGAGGAGGGAGCCGAAACCACCGCCGAGGCCGUUUGGCUCACGCACCACGUAGAGCUGAGGCUGGGACCACUCGCUCCCUGAACAUGAAUACUUGGUUUACUAUCAAACAGUCCUACUGUUGAGUUCUUUUAACUAAUUUCUGUAAACCUGUGGGAUGAAUUUAAUUUACAAAAAUGAUUUCCGAUUCUGCUCAUUGAUCUGUAAGAACUAUUUAUGAUCUGCCUGACAUACGGUUGUUUCAGAGUUGUAGCUCAAGCUGCGUCACCAGAUGUACAUUGUAGAACAUACAGUGAUUGCAUGAUAGCCCAGUUUAUGAAACUACAGGAAACCAUGACUGACUGCAGACUGAUAAGUGCAUCACGUUUAACUUGACUAACUGAUUUAUUUUUUUUGUUAGCCAAAAACAUGGCGAUAUAUAGUGUUUCACAUCAUCAUUCUCCUCAGCUUAAACACUAUAGCAUCUAUCGGUAAAAAGCACUUUUAGUGCGAGGUUACCUACAGGAAACGGAACCAUAUAUAUAUACAAUGACUUAAAACAUGUUAGGCUUUGUUUAGAAAUUCCACUGAUGUGCUUACUUUGCUUGUUGUGCUACAUACAGUAUUUUCUUAAAUGGCAAAGCAACUACAAAGUUUGUCUUUUUCAAAGUAUUAGCGGUGGAUUUUUGGAGUGAAAUAUUAGUCUUUAUAGUUUGUAGAAAAUAGCAGUUUAUGUUCAAAGAUGAGAGGUUAUACGUUAAUAUAACGGCAUCGAGAUGUGGUAGAGAAUGAAUGAGCAGAAUCAGAAACCACAGUUGAGAACAAUCCAAAUAAUCCCGGACCGUGCAGCACACACUGCGAUUUCAGCUUAUGUAUCCUCGUCAACAUUCUUUUCUGCAGACAGUAAUAUCGUAUUAAGUCGCAUGCUUCAACUAUAGUAAAUAUCGCACACGUUAGACAAGUCAUCACAGUUACUGAUCCUGAACAGAAAGGUAGGUUCUCUGGUUGAAGGUGAGACCUGCCCAUACUUUUACUUUUGUCUGAAGUCUAACAGUAACCAUCACUAGCACUAUGGAGAGGACGUAUACGAAGCUCUGUAAAGUACAUGAAAUACAAAGUGUUCAUUAUUUAAAUGUAUUGAGACACUAUCAUUUUUUUUUUUUUAUGAUUUUAAAAAUGUAUCCUCCUGGUUUGUAGAACUCACUGACCUCUGUGGCAGUGUAUAUCGUAAGCUGCUGUUAUUUUUGGUCUCGAGUGUGUUAGUAAAGCAUAGCCUCAAAACACUGUUAAUCUUAAUUCUGUACCGGCUAAUAAAAUAAUGUGAUACUGUAACCGA